AUGUCUCAGAAGACUAAGAAUGGAAAUAUCAUGAGCUUCUUCAAGCCCACGACAAGACCUCCAACACAGCAACCCAUCAAACCCGCAUCACCAAGUCCGCCUUCAUCUCCCUUAGAACAAAAAACGACCACUCCCAUGAAGAAGAUUGUUCCAUCAACGCAACAACGUGAGAUUCAAGCCUCGGAUGAUGAAGAUGACUUCGGAUCCUCAUCAGACGAUUCACUCGAGGACUUGUCUACUAUUAUUGGACGAGCACGCCCCGGGAAAACAGCCCAAUCUCCCGCUCGUAACCCAUUUGGUACACCAAAAGCCAAAAGAACUGCGGUCGAGUUCCAUGCAUCUCCGUUGGCCAUAAUAUCCAAACACAAGUUCGACCUUAAGGCACUGGCCAAGGAUGCUCGACAAGACGAUGCCAUCACGGCAAGCUCAAUGAGAGCAAAAGCUUUCUCUAGUCUGCAUGACCAAACAGACGGACAGCAGACGACGGAUGAUACGUCACAGGAUAUUAUGGAGGGUAUUGUCAAAAACAGCACCGGCCAAGAUGCACAGAAAGUCAUGCGAGCAGUCAAGAGGUCAGAGCCCGGCCAGUCGCAACUUCGAUAUUGCUUCUUCUCUGAAGAGUACGCCAUGCCUCUUUCAAGCGCUGCCCCCAAAAAGUUCAACAAGGGUCCUUGGAGGCUGUUGACUCAGGGCGAUCAGAAAACCCGCGAACAACAUCUUGCAUCUGGAGUGCCACUCACACUUCUUCAACUACAAGGGGGGUUGCCGGAGGAGCUGUUCGACUGGAUUUUAGAUGACAUCUGCGCUCAAAAGUCAGCUCUUGUCAGGCAAGAAUACUGCAACCUGAUAAGCGACUGCACAUAUCUGAUUGAGUCACGUGUCACGCCUCAACGACUGGAGCAGUUGUUGUAUCGCUUCGGUGCCUCCCCUGAGCUUGGGCAAUGUAAUUCGAUGCUGAAUCUAUCGAAGCCGGGCGUCGAGCCUUAUGAAGGUCGCGACUGGUCACCUCUGGGUUCUUUCUUAUCACUCAUCACGGCCAUAUCACCAUACAUGGCCCAGGAGUCUAUCGUCUACGCAUCACAAGCGCUGCUGCGCAUGUCACUCGACAAGUUCCUAACCUACGACCUCAAUCUUUUGACCACCUACGAGGCCACCCUAGAUACCCUCCUAGAUGCUGUACCCCAGCUAAGCUGGGACACCUUUGUGAGUUGUGCUCUGAAGCCGCCCCGUGAAGUCGCCACUGACCUUUUGAUAGUGCUUCGAGACAUGUACAUUGCUGCACACUCUGUUAGUAAGACGAGAGCCCAUGAAUUGAGACGACGGCUGGCCGUGGUAUUCCUAUUCAACGAUCCAUCUUUGGGCCGCCACCAUCCCGACGAUGUAGUCACUAUUCGUGGAAUCAUAGAAAGAAUGGACCAUACCGAUUUCUUUGUCGGACCGAAAACGGAUUUUGCGGAACUACAAGCCAAUGUCCUACUCCUUAACAUUGCAGUGGAUGACGGUUCGUUUGCACCUUCUGAUGAUCCAGAACACGAGAAACAGUUCAACCACGACAUCGACGAGCUUGCGCAAAGAUUAAGGGGGACCUGGCGAAAGAUCAAUGAUUCGGGAAUGAAGCUUGCCCGCACAGAAGCAAAGAGUGUGAUAGAAUGGGUACAGCAACGACUAGCACACUCUGUUCGCACUCGCCGGAAGGCAAAGAAGAGCAUUUUCGAUCUUCCGGGCCAACAGCAAGAUCCGUUCCUUCCGAAACAGCAGGACUAUAUGAAGAGCUUUUUGCGAAAAGUUCCAGAGGCUGCCUCGGAGGCUGCUCCCGAGCAGACGCCAAAGCAAUCACUCUCAGAUGUGAAAGACUCCGAUGAGCCUCACAGCCCAAACACGAUUGUUGUUAAGUUCAAGUGA